UUCACAAACACGCACGUGUAAAGACGAUGGCAGCUGGACAGGAGUCAAACCACAAUGCAAAGUUGUGAACUGCGGGCCACCACCAGAUGUUAGUCAUGGUCGCUUUGAAGUCAUGGGAGACGGCUUCACGUAUACCAGCGUAGUGGUUUAUUACUGUGAUGAAUUCUAUGAAUUAGUCGGACCCAGUAUUAGAGAGUGUGGCCCUAAUGCAUUAUGGGAUUCCGAGAAUCCAUUUUGUAAGCCAAUUUGUGGAGAGGCAAGCUUCGCUCCCCGAGAUCGACCACGUGGACGUUUACUAGGAGGCCACGAAGCGAACGAAGGAUCGUGGCCGUGGGUGGCAUUCCUGGACAUCGAUGCCCCACUUCACGAUAUUCAUGGUGGUAUCUGUAGUGGGUCGCUAAUUAACGAGGAGUGGAUAAUCACCGCGGCGCAUUGUGUGACCAAUAAAGGAACAAACAGAAACACAUUUGGUCAACUUAUUGAAUCAACAUCAGUCAGAGUAAGGUUAGGACUUCAUCGGCAAUCAGAGCCAAGUGAACACGUUAUGGAGAGAAGGGUAUCAGAGAUUAUUCGUCAUUCAAGUUACAAUCCCGUGACCUUUGACAAUGACAUUGCGCUGUUACACGUGAGCGAACCAGUCCAAUUCAGUGAAUAUGUUCGACCUGUUUGUCUCCCGCCAACUGACCUAAUAACCACAUCGGAAUUUGGUAUGGAAUUUGAAGAUGAAAUUCCCCGUCCCCCACCGGACGAGAUGGCUAUCAUUCUGGGCUGGGGGCUAACGUCCAACGGAGGUAGUCGCGCUGACAGUCUGUUAGAGGCCUACGUUCCAAUAGUCGAGCAAGAAAUAUGCCGAGAUGUGUAUGCCCCAAAUGGCUGGGAUAUAACGGCAAGCAUGUUGUGUGCAGGGUAUGAAGAAGGUGGGAGAGACGCGUGCAGAGGCGACAGUGGUGGCCCUCUUUUGUUCGAAGACCCGAACACCCUUCAGUACUUCGUUUACGGACUGGUCUCAUGGGGGCGCCCUGGAGAAUGUGCCUCGCCAGACUCCUAUGGCGUAUACGCACGUGUUAGUGGUCAUUUAUAUUGGAUCAAAGACGAAACUGCAAUUCAUCGAUAA